AUCCAGGCUUUGCUUUAAAUUAUUAAGGUUCAUAAAUUGACCCCAAACCAUUCCUCAUUCUCAGGUCCUUUUUGUGCCAGGCCAGGGGGGUUGGAAGAGAUUUCAAGGUGCCUUUCAGAGGGAGUUUCCUGGUAUCUUCGCCAUCUCUGGCACCAAAUGACUCAGAUGUCCAACCAACAAGACAGAAAGGCAGAAUAUGGCUCUUGCUAUUUGGUGACAGUGGCUUUAAUCGGGCAGAAAUGCGUGGGAAACAGGAAUAACGAGAGAGAGAGAGAGAGAGAGAGAGAGAGAGAGAGAGAGAGAGAGAGAGAGAGAGAUCAGAUUCAGAUUUAGUGACUGCACGGGGGAGCAGGUUGCAAGUUUGCCGGGCAACCUUGCUGGUGACCCAGGGCCAGGGGUCUGGGGCCACCAAGCCUGCACUUUCCGGGUCAGGCAAAAGGCUCCUAGAUAGGGGGCGCGCGGAGCCAGGCUGUGCAGCCCAGAGCUCAGGCCAAGUUUGCCGGGAUUCUCUGUUACCUGAGCCGGCGACCACGUCACCGCCACAUCAUCUGGGCUUUUUAUAUUUACUAGGGAACCAGGAAAAGGGGAGAGGAGCGCUGCGGGAGCGAGCCAAUCGGCGGGAGGACGCGCUGAGCCGGGCUGGCUGGGCUGUGCGGGGCCUCGGCCUUGGCGAAGGGAAAGAUGCUGCAGUCCCUGGCCGGCAGCUCCUGCGUGCGCCUGGUGGAGCGGCACCGCUCGGCCUGGUGCUUCGGCUUCCUGGUGCUCGGCUACCUGCUCUACCUGGUGUUCGGGGCCGUGGUCUUCUCGUCGGUCGAGCUGCCCUACGAGGACCUGCUACGCCAGGAGCUGCGCAAGCUGAAGCGGCGCUUCUUGGAGGAACACGGAUGCCUGUCCGAGCCGCAGCUGGAGCAGUUCCUGGGCCGGGUGCUGGAGGCCAGCAACUACGGCGUGUCGGUGCUCAGCAACGCCUCAGGCAACUGGAACUGGGACUUCACCUCCGCGCUCUUCUUCGCCAGCACGGUGCUCUCCACCACAGGUAAGGCCACCGCAGCACCUCGCCCCACCCAGCACCCCAGGCUCCUGUCCCCGCGGCGCCCGGGCCUCUCCAGCCCUGUCCCGUGCGUCUCUGGCCUUCUGCGGUGA